AUGGUAGAAGACGUCCCCAUUGACAACCCGUUAUUGGAAGAAAUCAGGCGAGCUACAAAGGAAGCUCAAGAGCUGCAAUGCAUCAGUGAGCUGAUUCGUUCUGGAUGCCCAUCACGGACAAUAGACGUACCGAUUGCAGCAAGACCAUUCCAUCAGUGUCACCAUGAAAUAUCAGUACAGAAUGACUUAGCUUUCAAGGGAGACCGUAUAGUUAUACCAAUAUCCCUAAGAGGCAGUAUGGUCAAGAAGUUACACAAUACACACUUGGGAGUGGAAGGCUGCCUCAGACGUGCAAGAGAGCCGCUCUUUUGGCCUGGCAUCAAUGCAGAACUGAAGGAUUUUGUCCGGAGAUGCUCCGUUUGCGCUGCAUAUCGCCCAGAGCAAUGCCGCGAGCCCCUAAAACCACACGAAAUUCCGUCUAGACCAUGGCAAAAGGUUGCCAUAGAUCUGUUCAGUUUGGAGACCACAAAUUACACAGUUUUUGUCGACUACUAUUCCAAUUUUUUUGAGAUCGACAAACUCAAUGAUACUUUGUCCAACACAGUUAUCCACAAAGUCAAAGGACAAUUUGCAAGACACGGUAUUCCACACAUCAUAGUCACGAACAAUGGUCCGCAAUUUGAAUGGUGA